CAGGAAAAGGAAGAAUGCCGAGGCACCAUUUUAAACCGUAGAGGCACUAUAGCAUCAGUAGCGUCGUGGAUGCGAAGUGAAAGCAACCAUUGCGGUUUCUGCCGGAAGGUGAAGAGCGCGCGGAGCUGAGUGAACCUGAGGGCAUCCUACGGUGGAGCAGCUGCAGAGAGUUAAAAGGAAGAAGGUGCAGCUGGAACGUGGAGUACUUGGAGUACUUGGAGUGACCUGGGCUCUUCAUAGUCAAUGCCAUGGCUAAUAUUGGAACGUUAAGUCUCCAGGAAUAGUCUACAUCUGUUCUCCUCCAGAUACCUUCAUACUCAAAGAUAUUGUUUGUGAUUGGAUCAUACAGAGCCUAAAGAACUUCUAAAGCUGAGAAGACAGAAAAUGAUGUCUUUGCACAAUUUUCACAAGACAGUCCAGAGCCCAGUUAUUCCAUAUGCUGGGACACUAAUUGAUGGUCUUUCACCUGGAGAUCUUGUAGUAAUAAGUGGAUUUGUUCCUGAAGGUUCAGAGAGGUUCCAGGUAGACUUUCAGUGUGGCAACAGUACAAAACCUCGUGCUGAUGUAGCCUUUCAUUUCAACCCUCGGUUCAAAAGAUCCGGUUGCAUAGUAUGCAAUACCUUGCAGAGAGAAAGAUGGGGUACAGAAGAGAUCACUUAUGAGAUGCCUUUCGAAAAAACAAAGCCUUUUGAGAUAGUUUUUAUGGUCCGCCAUGAUAAGUUCCAGGUGUCAGUUAAUGGAAAGCAUUUGUUGCUGUAUAAGCAUAGAAUUAAUCUGGAAAAAAUUGACACGCUUGCGAUAUCUGGAAAAGUGAAAGUUACAGUGAUUGGAUUUGUUUCUAAUAAGGAAGAUGUACCUGAUAGCUCACAGUUUGUAAUUCCUUACACAACACAACUUAAUUAUUCUGUUGAGCCUGGACGAACAAUUGUUAUUAAAGGAGAAGUUAAAGAAAAAGCAAACGGGUUUGCAAUUAACCUUAAACCCAGUGAAUCAAAUGAUAUUGCUCUUCAUUUGAAUCCCCGAAUAAAAGAUAAUGUUUUUGUGAGAAAUUCUUAUCUGUUCAAUAGCUGGGGAGAAGAAGAAAGAUCUAUUGCUUAUUUUCCUUUCAGUCCAGGAAUGUACUUUGAGCUGAUAAUUAUCUGCAAAAAUCAUGAAUAUAAUGUUGCUAUCAAUGGCAUGCAUAUCCUAGAGUACAAACAUCGAUUUAAGCAGCUUGACAAGAUCCGUAUACUGGAAGUCUUCGGGGAUGUUCAACUGCUAGAUGUAAGAUGCUGGUAGUUGUGCAGUACCUAUGUUUUAUUAAUUGCUUUCAGAGAAUCAUCUUGAUCUAACAGCAAAAGAGAAGAUUGCAGAAAUCCCUCUGCAUGUGACCACUUAAAUUAACUGAAGUAAUAUAGGUAAUAACUAACCAUAAAAAUGUUCUAACAAAUUAUAGUUUACUAACUACUGAGAUUGUGCCUAAGUUUAAGUGACAUAUUUGAAGAACACUUCUAUGUGCUUUUAUGACAUACAUUCUAGUGUUCAUAGCAAAAGGCUUGAUGGAUUCUUAAGGUGUAUACCCAUUAAAUUUGUUAUAAAGGUUAUGAAAUUUUUGAUUAACACUAUUAUCUUUAAAGUAUAUUCUGAUACUACAGCUGAAAAAUACUGUUAGAGGCACCAGUAUUAGAUUGCAAUCCAGUACACAUGUAAUUGGAAAGAAACUCUAUUGAACUCAGUCAGGAUUGCCUCAUCAGUCUUCCAAGUGUAUUUCUGUGUAAUAUACAUGUUUACAUUCUGACUGUUUACCUAUGCAGUUGUUUUUUGUCUCUCACUGUCUAGCAUUUUUAAAUGUUACCAAAAAUAUCUGUAAACAGUUCUGAUGUGCUCAGAAUCAAUUAUAAAUUUCAGCUGAGCUUUAUGGAGAAUGUAUGGCUUUCCAACCUAAAAUUAAAAUUCUGAAAGUGCAAAGCAAUGUGGAAUCUUC